AUGCUCGCUGAUGCUUUCGUCAAGGCCCAUGUCGGGGCCAUCAAGGUCGAAACACGAAAAUCGGACUUGUUCAACGUCAAGCAACGAGAUGACGAGACCUUCCGCGAGUUUGUGGCUCGAUUUCAAAUAGAGCGCAUGGACUUACCCUCAGUCACUGACGAUUGGGCCGUUCAAGCUUUCACCCAAGGACUCAAUUCAAGGAGCUCGAUCACAUCUAUGGAGCUAAACCAAAAUCUGAUAGAAUACCUGGCGAUCGCUUGGGCUGAUGUACACAACAGGUAUCACUCGAAGAUCAGGGUCGAAGAUGAUAAGAUUCUGAGGGCUGCUUCGGUAUCAUGGCAUUCCGAUAAAGGGAGUGAUCAAUUGAGGAGAGUGGUAGAUUCAACCAUAGCGGCGGCCGUUAUCCGAAACAAAGAAACAAGACAUCCAAGGCCAAUCCAAUAUGAUCUAGAGAAGCGAGAUAAAAGUCUUAUUUGUAAGUAUCAACAUACUCACGGCCAUCGGACUGAGGAUUGUCGGCGGCUGAGAGAGGAGGUCGCUCCUCUGUUCAAUUUGGGACAUCUUCGAGAAUUCCUAAGUGAACGAGGAAAAACCCAUUUCAAGAACCUGGACUCCAACAAGCAGGAUAGGCCGAAAGAGCCUCAACGAGUGAUACACAUGAUCAUGGGAGGAACUGACGUUCCCCUUGGGCCGGUUGUAAAAUGCACCAAAAUUUCCAUAACGAGGGAAAAACGUAUCCGGAAUGAUGACCCCGAUGGUCCCAUCACGUUCAAUGACGAGGACAUGGAAGGCAUUGCCCAGCCGCAUAACGACGCACUGGUAUUGAAAUUCCCGACCCCAGAAGAUAUCAAAACCGUCCGUGGUGAACAACAGGCCACAAAAGAAAUGUUCGCGGUUGAAGAAUCUGUUAAGACUAUAAAGGCGCCAGAUCAGAACGAAGGGAUUAAUGCCAAAUAG